CUUACUGGAUUUGUUUAUCUAUUAGAACGUCGAAAUUCUUUCACCUGAAAAUCAUUUAUAUCUUUAAUUUUUGAUAAAUGAAGCAUUAUGGAAAAUCACCAAGAUAAAAAACCUUUAUCGAUUGAUGUUAAUUUCAGUUGUCAACGAUGUUGCCAACCCUUAAGACUUCAUCAAACAUUGAAUAAUAUAACGAAAGAAACUUUUCAAGAUCUAAUUUCCAGAAAUCGAGAUUCAUCAUCAUCCGACGAUAAAAUGAUAAUGCGAAUAGAUGAUAAUGAGAAUCAAUCUAGUUCCAUGGAUGGGCACAAAACCGAUUCACAUGUCAUACAUAAAACGAUACAUUCAUUUCGAAAUAAAAAACUUAACGACUGUGAUUAUAGUUUAAUCAAUCCAGUUUCGGAUUCACACAAUGGCUCAUUACCAUCUACUCUGGUCACAUCAACAUUGCUUUCCGGUUUUGAUCAAUCAUCAAAUACACAUAGUAAAAGUAGUAAAGAUCUUAAAUUACAAAUUCAAUUGUUCGAUAUAUUAUCUGAUCAGUCGGACAUUGAUCAUCCAUUGUGUGAAGAAUGUGCUGAUUUCGUUAUCGAACAAAUGGACAAACAGCUGAUGAUAUUGGAACAAGAAUGUAAUGAAUUCAGUGAAUAUAAGAAAAAAAUCGAAGAAGAUGUAUCAUCAGUCGCCACUGAUGAAGAGGUGAACAAUCUACAGACUAAAUUAAAAGAAUUAUAUCAGACACAAUCGGAUUUGAUUGUCGAAUUGAAAGAUCUUAAUGAACAGCAACAAUCAUUGGAUAAACAAUUGAAACAAUCAAAACAUGAAUUAAAACAAUCUGAAAUUGCUACCGAAAAAUAUUUUCAAGAAUAUAAUGCCAUGAAAUUCAAUUAUUUUCAAUGUGAAGAAGAAUAUCGAACAUUGGAGAAUAAAAUUCGAGAUGCCAAAGAAUAUUUUGCCCGACUUAAACGUACAAGCGUUUUUAAUCUUACGUUCUGUAUCUGGCAUACUGGCCCAUUCGGUACGAUUAAUGGAUUUCGUUUAGGCCGACUGCCAAACAUUCCGGUUGAUUGGCAAGAAAUCAAUGCUGCCUGGGGACAAUGUGCAUUAUUAUUAGUGUCAUUAGCUAAAAAACUUGGAUUCACUUUUCAACGAUAUAAAAUUGUACCGUAUGGAAAUUUUUCGUUUAUCGAUUUAUUGGACGAUAAAUCAAAACAAUUGCCAUUAUAUACGGCUGGUGGCUUUAAAUAUUAUUUUCAUCAAAAAUUUGAUCAAGCAAUGGUCGCCUUUCUUGAUUGUUUACAACAAUUUUACGAUGAAAUACGGCUCCAAGAUCGAAAUUUUAAAUUACCAUAUGAAAUGCAUUCGAAAGGUGAAAUCUAUGAAAAGACCAAUAACGUUCGAUAUUCGAUCAAGAUUUCAAUCAAUAUUGAAGAGAAUUGGACAAAAGCAUUGAAAUUUAUGCUAACCAAUCUUAAAUGGGCAUUGGCAUGGGUGACAACUAAACAUGAUAAUUAAAAUAAUAAGUAUAUCAUUUUCACACAUAAAAAAUCACUCGAUUAAAUUUGUUUUUAUUAUCAAUCAUUUUGUUGUUGUUGCAAUUAAAAUAUAUUAAGUGUCA